AACGCAGAUUCUUAUCUCUCCACAAGUUUUAACUCAAUACGCUCUAAUACGCCUCAAACUCUCUCAUUUCUCUCUCUUUCUAUCGUUGGCGCGUUCUCUUGGCUAAUAAACUUCCAAAUCAAAAAAAUUAAAGGGUUUAGAGACAAUUCAAACUCUUUAAUCCAAAUGGAAGCAUUACAGAGCAGAGUAGAAACAUGGAUCAAGGACCAAAAAUCAAAGAUCUUAAAGGUAUCUUGGGGUCCGUUACAAUGGAGAAUGAGGUGGCCACCAUGGAUUCACAGCGACAGACAACAACAGAGGAAGAUGAUUCAACAAGAGUAUGUGCGUCGAAGGAAACAACUUCACGAUCUUUGUCACGCUGUUAAGGCUGACUCCGUUUCUGAUUUGCAGGAUAUUCUUUGUUGUAUGGUUCUCGCUGAAUGUGUCUACAAGAGACCUGCUAAUGAGAUGGUUCGGGCUGUGAACAAAUUUAAAGCUGAUUUUGGAGGACAAGUUGUUUCUCUUGAGCGUGUGCAACCCUCGUCAGAUCAUGUUCCUCACAGGUACCUAUUGGCUGAAGCGGGAGACACAUUAUUUGCUUCCUUUAUUGGUACAAAGCAGUACAAGGAUGUUGUGACCGAUGUAAACAUACUGCAAGGUGCUAUAUUCCAUGAGGAUGGGAUGGAGGAUGCUGCCCAGAUGGAAGGUAUUGACUCUGGACAAGGCGAAAGUCAAAAGGGAAAUGGGGAAUAUCAAUGGACUCCCCUUGAAGCAAAGCCUAAACAACUAAAAGAUCAGUCUAAGCCUGCUGCACAUCGAGGAUUUUUGGCUCGUGCUAAAGGUAUACCUGCUUUGGAGUUGUAUAGACUUGCUCAAAAGAAGAAUCGGAAACUUGUUUUAUGUGGACAUUCACUUGGUGGGGCAGUAGCAGCAUUAGCUACUCUUGCCAUUCUGAGGGUUAUUGCUGCAUCCUCUACAUCAAAAGAAAAUGAAAAGAUUCAGGUUAAAUGUAUAACUUUUUCCCAACCGCCAGUUGGGAAUGCUGCUUUAAGAGAUUAUGUCCAUGAAAAAGGCUGGCAGCACUAUUUCAAGAGCUACUGUAUUCCUGAAGAUUUGGUGCCCCGUAUCUUAUCUCCUGCUUAUUUUCAUCAUUAUAAUGCUCAACCUUUGCCAAUGCGUUCUGAGGUUGAAACUAGCGGUCAAUCAAUUUCAAAACGUGAAAAAGGGAUGGAAAAAUCAAGCAUACAGAAGCCAAAGGAGAAUGAGGGCGAGCAAUUGGUUCUGGGUUUAGGCCCUGUGCAGACUUCUUUUUGGAGACUUUCAAGGCUUGUUCCUUUAGAAGGUUUUAGAAGGAAAAUUAAUGAAUACACGAGAAAACAAGUUGAUCCCGUUGAGACAUCUGCAACAAAUAACUCUGCUGUAACAUCUUCCAUUGAGGAUGUAGUAGCUGAACCACAGUCUCUUGAAAUCCAAGAGGGUUCUGAUGGCAUAUCUCUUAAACCAUUAUCUCACACUAAUAAUGGUGAAGCAGUGUCUGGAAAAUUAGCUGAAAAAGGCAAUGAUAAAGGCGGAGAUAGAAGGAACUGGAGUAGAGUGCCUUAUUUACCUUCAUAUGUUCCAUUUGGGCAGCUAUAUCUGUUGGGAAACUCUUCGGUGGAAUUAUUAUCAGGUGCAGAGUACUCAAAAUUAACAUCGGUCAGAUCUGUGAUUGCUGAACUAAAGGAACGAUUUCAGUCACAUUCAAUGAGAUCUUACCGGUCUCGAUUUCAGAGAAUCUAUGACAUGUGCAUGGGUGAUGGUAUUUCACCUUUCCCGGGAAUGGAGCAACUGCCUCAGUUUCCACAUUUACAACAGUGGCUUGGCCUUGCAGUUGCAGGUGCUGUAGAGCUUGCACAGAUUGUAGAGUUGCCUGUAAUUCGCACAGCCACUUCGAUUCUUCCUCUUGGAUGGAGUGGUGUUUCUAAUGAGAAGAAUGGAGAACCCUUAAAAGUUGAUAUUACUGGUUUUGGCUUGCACCUUUGUAACCUGGUUCAUGCUCGAGUUAAUGGUAACUGGUGUUCAACUAGAGUGGAGUCAUUUCCUUCAGUGCCCAGCUACUCUUCAAGUCAGGAAGUACAUCCAGAACUACAAAAGAUCAGGGUCUUGGUAGGAGGUCCUCUAAGACGACCACCAAAGCAUCCAAUAGUGGCCGAUUCCUUGAUGCCUGUUUUCCCUUCUAUUAAUGCCAACACUGAUAAUCUCAGUAGAGAGCAUAGUUUAGGACAUGGGGAGCAACUCCUUCGCCCUGAAGAAUUGAAUGAUUUUUGCAUUUUUUGUACAAGUGAUUUCACUACUGUCUCUAAGGAUGUCCAUGUCAGAACUCGUAGGGUGAAAUUACUUGGGCUUGAGGGUGCUGGUAAAACUUCUCUUUUCAAGGCAAUUAUGGGUCAACGCAGACCUACAACUGUUGCCAAUUUUGAGAAUAAGCAUACAGAGGCUGGUAUUCAAGAAGGCAUUGCUGGUGGCGUAUGCUACAUGGAUUCAGCUGGGAUAAAUUUGCAGGAGCUGAAUAUGGAGGCUUCUCGUUUCAGGGAUGAACUGUGGAUGGGAAUUCGUGACCUUUGUCGGAAAACAGAUUUAGUAAUUCUUGUGCAUAACAUGUCCCAUAAGAUUCCUCGAAGCAGUAACCCAAAUGCAUCACAGCUACAACCUGCCCUUUCACUUCUUUUAGAUGAGGCUAAAGCUCUUGGGAUUCCUUGGAUUCUUGCUAUAACAAACAAAUUUUCUGUGAGCGCACACCAGCAAAAAGCAGCAAUUGAUGCUGUUCUCCAGGCAUAUCAAGCAUCUCUGAGCAACACAGAAAUUGUGAAUUCCUGUCCUUAUAUUAUCCACAGUGCCUCUGCAAGUGCUUCUUUGUCAUUGGCUGCAGCUGAGAGAGAUUCUGGUGGGAGGAUGGGUGCUCAAAAGCUUAUUUUUUCUCCAAUUAAUCUUGUUUGGAGGCCCUUUCAAAGGAGAGACACCAUUUUUCCUGUUGAGGGUGUGAACUCACUUUGCCAGCUUGUCCACCGUGUGCUACAGAGUCAUGAAGAGGACUCUUUACAGGAACUAGCUAGGGAUAGACUUGUGGCAGAACUGGCACGGGAGAGUGCUAUGGCAAUAGAUGCAAGUCGAGACUCCCAAGCCAAGGCAUCUUCCUUGACAGCUGCGGCUGUGGGUGCUUCCCUUGGGGCUGGUGUUGGCCUUGUCUUGGCUGUUGUCAUGGGUGCUGCAUCUGCUUUGCGGAAGCCCUGAGUAUAUAUCUAUUUUCUGUCCCAUCAGUUUCUUGAUGUUGGUAGCCCAUAGCUGGCGUAAAUUGUAUAUAUAACAGAUGACACGCUGCCAUUUAUUCUAUUCUAUUCUAUUCAUGUAAAUCCAUUUUUAUCAUCGCGAUGCUUCAGCUUUCUGCUUGCUUGAAACUUCCCAUAUGGAGUGGAACAAUGCAAUACUAAAGCUCAUCAAUGCAUUAGAUGUACACAGACAAGGAGAAACAUUUAAUUUGUAUAUGUAAGUAGAUAAACAGCAGAAGUUAGAUACUUUUUGGGCAAUGGUACUUUUAAUUAUUUAUUUUGGAUCA